AACCAUUUUUGACCACUCAGAGCACUGUUUACCCACGCAGAAAGCUUACACACGCGUGCAGGGUACCACCGCAACUUCGACCAAAAUGCGUCCGAUGGCUCAUUCCCCAACUUGCCAACUACCAGUCAAUCGCCUUCACCUAAGACGAUGGCCUCGCAAUGGGAAGAACCAAACGACUCCGACCAUCCAGCCUACGUUGCACUGCGCACACCGCGACAAUCCGACGCUGAAAAAGCCAAGAUCGUGGACGUCUCGUCCCAAGAUAACUCCGAGCUAUCAAGGCAAGUGCCAUUGCUCCAGCUCUUCUCGUUUGCCGACUUUACCGACAAAAUCCUCAUGACCCUGGGCACAAUCGGAGCACUGGGUGCUGGCAUCUUGCGUCCGUCGAUGAACCUCCUGUUGGGCAACGUCAUUAACUCGUUCGGCUCGACCACUGGAGAAGGAUCUUCCUCCGAUGACUUCUCGUCCAGUGUGAAUAAAGUCGCUCGCAACCUCGCCAUUGUGGGCGUGGCAGGACUCGUAGCAGGCUAUUUACAAGUCUAUUGCUGGUCUCUCACGGCGUCACGUCAAUCCAAGCGCAUCCGAAGCCUCUACGUCAACGCCAUCAUCACCAAAGAGAUCGGCUGGUUCGACGUGAAUGACCCGAUGUAGUUGUCGACCCGUGUGGCCGACGCUACCGUCACCAUCCAGGACGGUAUUG